CACCUAUUACCGAUUCGAUCUAUUUCGAUGCCAUGAUCUUCAAGUUAGCGUAUGGCACUGGCAGUGGAGGGGUUCGCCAUGGAAAGCACACCAUCCAUUCCGAGUGGUUCUCGCGAAACAGUCGCUGAAGGCCCAGUUUCUCUUGUCUCAAAGAGCCUGCUCGAACGUGAAGGGCAAACUCAGUGUAUUGCGAUAAAGACAUCUACCAUCCACCUCAAAUAUGCCAAAGAACCCCACGAUAUCAUCAAAGAGGCGAGGCUGAUCGCCUCCGCAUGUCAUCCAAAUGUGGUUUCUAUCUUGGGCCAUGACAUCGAUUCAAGCAGCCAGACUAUGAGCUUUUGGAUGCCAUACGUGCCUUGCUCUUUGCUCGUAUUGUUGUCUUCAAACGAUUUCUCUCCCCAUCCACUUGUUUCAAUUCUGGCUGCAGAUCCAUCAAAUCCGAGUCCACGCGAGCAGCGAUUCGUUCUUCUCGCAAAAUCGCUAAUGUUUCAAGUCCUAAACGGUGUGACAUUCCUCCACGAGAAUGCGAGGAUUGCACACCGGGAUAUAAAACCAAGCAACAUACUUCUCACUCUAUCUGGCCGCGUUCAGCUCAUCGACUUCGGUAUAUCCUGGAAAGAAGGGGAAGAUCUCGCCGCAAAAAAAAACGACUUAUGGGUUGAAACCCCGGAAAAGAUGUACUUUGAAGUUUCUACAGGACCAUACCGCGCGCCUGAGCUGUUGUUUGGGCCCAGGAUUUAUGACGCAUUCGCGAUCGAUUCUUGGAGCCUUGGAGCAACUUUCGCGGAAUUCUUCACUUCCGUUUGUCUCUAUAACCCGCUUGACGACGAAGACUUCGACUUUGGAGGCGAUGAGCAGUCUGACUCGGGCGACGAAAGCCCGGCGAAGCCAGCCGAGCCAUUCAUUAUACCAAAGGGACUUCGCGUCGGAGACCCCUCGAACAGGUGGGCUAGAGAUUCUCUAUUUGAUUCCACACGUGGAGAGAUCGGUUUGGCAUGGAGUAUUUUCAAGACACGAGGUUCGCCAAAUGAGACAACUUGGCCAUCCUUUUUGAGCUUACCGGACGCAAACAAGUUGUCCUUCAUAGAUACGCAGCCUGUUGAUCUCCCCUCUAUCCUACCCAAUCUUCCUUCAUCCGCACAGCAGCACGAGGUCGACACAAAAACUCACAUACCCCCAGAGACGAUGUCACCAACUCCUGUUGAUCUGAUUCACCGAUUCCUUGUAUAUGAACCAUCUCAGCGUCUCCGCCCUUCCAAGGCAUUGACUCACUCCUGGUUCACAUCCGAACCACCGUUACUUCUGCCAGCUGACUUCCCUACUACAAGUGCUGAUGGCGAGGCUUCAAUAAGUCUAGGCUGGGGCGGAAAGUCUCUGGGAGAAUGGUUAUCAGAGGUUCAUCCCCAGUGGCGCAAUUCGAAGGGAUGAGUAGAACGAGGGUUUCGAUGGCAUCAUUUAUUACACAAUGCAUAUAAUGUACAAAACAUG